AUGGGAAGCAGGUGGGACGAAUUUCUUCCGGAGCUCCUUGAUUUGAUCCAAUCGAAGCCGUCGAAUGACGACGAUAAACGCGCGUUCAGUCUGGUGUGCCGAUCGUGGAACAAUGUCCACCGUAACUCAUGCUUCCGCCACUCGACCUGCCUCGUGCAAAACCAUAGGAGCAAGCUAGCGCACUUUCCCCAUCACAUGGGCUUCCUCACCACGCGCCUCCGCCGAGAUACGCUGCUCCUAGCACGGUUGGCUGCUCGUCUCCCGCCACGACAACACCGCCUUCUAUCUCGACCCGUUCGGCAGCCGCAGGGUCGAGUUGCCGUCCGGGCCCACUUGCCCUGCACCGUCGUCGCGUUCUCUACCGUGUUCCUUUCUAACACCGUCAACAUCGGUUUGCUCCGGCGUGGGGACAGCGCGAGGAAGCACCGUGUGCAUGCUUGUGGGCCCCACUUCCUCGCGUCGUAUGCCUUCCCGGUCAUGCACGGUGGGUGGAUCCACUUUUUGGGGGCCCGCGGGCAAGUGGCGAAGUACGGCGCCGCCAAGGGCGAAGGAGUUUGGAUCGAGCACCCGGGGAACCUGAGCCGGGAGGGCAGCAUUACGGACCACUUCAUGUUGGAAGUCGAGGAGGAGCAACCGCUUGCGGUUUUUGUGGUCGGGGACAAGAGAAGGGUCGUUGUGCUCAGGCUCGUUCCCGACGGGGAGGCGAUGAGGUGUUGUGCCUCAGCCAACGCCUCGUCGUUUGCGCGCGAGGCUCGUUCGGAUGAGGUGUCGGGACGGAUUUACUUCCCGCUGUUCGGAGGAGGAAGUAGCGGUGGGCACGUGUUCUACUCGAUGCGGACCGGGAAGUACCACUCGGCCGACGGAGGUUACUCGGCGGACAAUGCACACGGGCUCAGGUGGGUCGAUUCGGCCGCGUGGGUCGCCACGCCUGCAGGGGCCGCCCCGACCAGGCUCUCAUUC